AUGAAAAGCAAGUGGCGACGGACUCACGACAUGCUGGUGGCCAACACCGAUUUCGGAUGGGAUGAUAUGCGAGAAGUAAUCGCCGGGAGGGGAAGCUGUAUGACAAUAUUUUUUGCACACCCUCGGGAUUCCGAUAUGCGGCGGAAGAAGUGUAUUUUUUAUGAGGAUCUGACCACGAUCUUCUCUGAAACACUGCGACAGGUGCCCAAAUACAAAGUUGAUUCCCUGGUGGCGGCGUCCCUAAAAGAAGCAAUGGAUCGACUGUUAGCUAUGUCGGGGUUUAUUGAAAAGGACUUCAUUGCAGCUACGACAAAAUUUAAAUACUCGGAUGCUCGACAAAUUUUUGUGUUGGCUAAGACUGUAGAGAAGCGCCGAACGUUGCUCGAUAAUUGGGUGGAACAGAGUGAGAAAUGA